GCGGUAACCAGAUCGGAGCUCAGCUACCCCAAAGUGGUGAUCUGUGAAGCGUGCGGUGAUCUCAGACGAGCAUGGGAUCGACCCCACGGGCACCUACCACGGCGACUCCGACCUCCAGCUUGAGCGGAUCAACGUGUACUACAACGAGGCCACGGGCGGGCGCUACGUGCCCAGGGCGGUGCUCAUGGAUCUGGAGCCCGGCACCAUGGACAGCGUCCGCGCGGGGCCGUUCGGACAGCUGUUCCGGCCGGACUUCGUAUUCGGCCAGACCGGAGCUGGAAAUAACUGGGCGAAAGGGCACUGCACCGAAGGAGCCGAGCUGAUCGAUAGCGUCCUCGACGUCGUCCGCAAGGAGGCCGAGGGGUGCGACUGCCUGCAGGGCUUCCAAAUGUGUCAUUCCUUGGGAGGAGGCACAGGCGCUGGGAUGGGAACCCUGCUGAUCUCCAAGGUCCGCGAGGAGUACCCGGAUCGCAUCAUGGAGACAUUCAGUAUUAUCCCCAGCCCCAAAGUUUCGGAUACCGUCGUGGAGCCGUACAACGUCGUCCUUUCUUUCCACCAGCUCGUGGAGAACGCGGACGAAUGCUUCCUGUUGGAUAACGAGGCGAUUUAUGAUAUCUGUUUCAGGACGUUAAAGCUGACGACUCCGACGUACGGGGACCUGAACCACCUCGUGAGCGCGGCGACCAGUGGCGUGACCACGUGCCUGCGUUUCCCUGGGCAGCUCAAGGGCUCCCAGCAGUACAGAGCCCUAACAGUCCCAGAGCUGACCCAGCUAUUCAAGGCUGGCCUCGUCGAGUCGGCGACGUGCCCGUUGUGCCAAGCAGCGGAGGGCACGCUCGGGCACCUCUUCUGGGAGUGCCGGUGCACGGCGGCCCUUCGCCGGGAGCUGCCGCCAGCCGUGGUGCAGGUCCGCGAAGCUGGUGGCUGGCUGGCUGCCGCCGCGCCGGGCCAGGAGCAACUGCUGCGACAGUGGCGACUGCGGGUCUCGUAUCGCGGAGGCCGGCUUGUGAUUGCCACGGACGGGGCGUGCUGGAACCAGCAGCUGGAAUGGGCUCGCCGGGCCGGUCUGGGCAUCUACGUGGGCCCUCGGUGCGGCAACCUCCGUGCAGCUCUCCCCGGCAUGGAUCAAUCCAGUGGGCGCGCCGAGCUCCUCGCCAUCAUUCUGGUCUUCGCCGAGGCCGGCCGGCUGGGGCUGCAGGUGGAGAUUUUGACGGACUACGAGUGCGCCGCCAAGGCUUGGGCAGCGUGGAGCGGAGGCCCGUCCUUCCACCCCAGGGAGCAGUUGGAUCUUUGGCGCCGCCUGGAGCCCCUCGCGCGGGCGGCCCUCGCAGCAGGUUCCGCCCUCGCCUGGGUCGCUGCGCACGGCCGUGCGGCACACGAGCAGGAGCCGAGGUGGAACAAACUGGUUGACGACCUCGCCGUGCAGGGGUCCAAGCGGCACACGGGCCUCCAGCGCCUGACCCAGGCCAUCCGCCUGAAGGAGGCCAACCAGGAGAAGGCCAGGGCCACGCGCCAGCUCAUCCUGGGGCCCCCUGUGGCCCUCCACAGUGGGAAUUGGAUGAUGGGGAGCCACGACAGAUACCACGCCAUGCGCUGGUACCUGGGCCAGCUCCGGUUCGACGCUGCCGCCUCCGAGGUUGGCACCGCAUGGGCCGAGCUGGCCGUGGAUUUCGAGCUCAGCACUGGCGUGGAGCUAGCUCCGCCUGGCAGCGCCAUGGCCGCGCGGGCCCAGACGUUUGCAGAUGUGGCCUCUCGUACCUGGCAGCUGUCCACGCCCAGGCAGCAGCGCCAACGCGGGGGCAACAGGCAACGGGCGCUCGGGGACCUCACAGUGGUCUCUCGGGUCACCGCCCUCGUGGCGCUCGGCUUCAAGCAGGGCCCGGGGGUGACCUCGCGUGCCAUCUUCGUGCGGCCCUUCACGUAUGAGGUGCUGCUGCGCGCGGCGCAGCGUGGACAGGCAGAGAGGCGCCAUGCUCACCUCCAAUGGCGGCCAGACUACGCAGGCGGCCCCGCACCGACCAUGCCGGCAGCUGUCCGGCACGGACCGCCGGCGCCACUUGUGGUCGCUGCCAAGAGGGCGACGGCUGAGAGGAUGGCUGCUGGGCACAACGCCGUCGCCGAGCGAAAGCGCCAGGAGCACAAUGCCGUCGCGGACUCCCAGGGCCUCCACGUGCUUGGGCCCAUUCCCCCGGGAGCUGACAACUCCCAGCCGGUCGUCUGUGAGCGCUGCGGGCGGCAAACGCAGAAGACGCGCCUGGCCAAGUUCAAGCAGCUUGGCUACCACAGCUGGGAGAUGCCGGGUGACGGUCGCCUUGCUGGGUGGCUGAAUGGAUGGUCUGCCGUUCCGUAUUGGCAGAGCUUAUUCUCCUUUUUCCUGCAGGUCAACACUGUGUCAGGGGAGGGCAUGGACGAGAUGGAGUUCGCCGAGGCCGAGAGUAACAUGAACGAUCUGGUUUCCGAGUACCAGCAGUACCAGGACGCCACCGCCGAGGAGGAGGGCGAGUUCGACGAAGAAGAG